CCCACUGGAGGGUCAGAGCGAGGCAGAGACAGACUGAAGAGGGAAUCUGCUGGAUGUGGUUCUGAGGUUCUCUGAGGUUUGGAUCAUGGUGGAACCGGCAUCGAAACCAACUGCUGUUCUAUUGCUUUUUCUACUGCACAGCUGCCUCGCGAACCAUGUUUUCCUCAGCAGUCAGCGAGCCUCACAGGUUCUGGUCCGGAGCCGACGAGCCAAUCAGCUGUUUGAGGAGAUGAAACCAGGGAACCUGGAGAGAGAGUGUGUUGAAGAAGUGUGUGACCACGAAGAGGCCAGAGAGGUGUUCGAACAGCCGGACAAAACUGAAAACUUCUGGGCCGUGUACCUGGACUGUAAAGGAACUCAAAUGACCAGGACACAACAGAACAUUAACAUUGUCCGACAAUGUAUAGAAGGUCAGUGUAUUUUCGGUAAGGGGGUGAACUAUGAUGGAAAUGUCAACAUCACACAAUCAGGGAGACCGUGUCAGUACUGGAGACACAGCUUCCCUCAUCCUAUCAUGAGGGAGUUUAACAUCUCGGAGCCGAACAGUAACCUGGAUGAGAACUUUUGUCGAAACCCUGACAACCGUCCGGAGGGACCGUGGUGCUUCACCCAGGACCCGACAGUCCAGAAAGAGGCCUGCAGGGUCCCGACAUGUGGUGAGGACUUUGUCCCGUCAACUGUGGCGCCUGAACCAGACCAAACUGAAGAGUGUUUACCCAACUACGGCGUAGACUACGUAGGCGACCUAGCAGUUACCUUGGGCGGCCACACCUGUCUGCAGUGGUCUUUACCGAAGCUCACGGCCCUCAGCGUGGACAAGGAGUUCAUGCCUGAGGUCCCCCUGGUGGGCAACAAGUGCCGAAACCCCGACAAAGACCCGGAGGGCCCCUGGUGCUAUGUGGAGGUUUCUGGAAAUGUAACGGUCGACUUCUGUGACCUGCACCUCUGUGAGGACCAGCUGGUUGGUGACGAGUCGACAGCAGAGGCCGACGGCAGGGAGCGCUCCGUCUUGGGUUCCAACAGAAAGAGGUUUUUCGAUCCUCGUACCUUUGGAAUAGGAGAGGACGAUUGUGGACAGCGCCCCCUCUUUGAAAAGAUAGAUAAAGAGGACACAAAGGAGGAGGAGCUGUUAGAGUCAUACAGAGACAAACGCAUCGUUGGGGGCAAUGAUGCCGAGGAGUCCUCAGCACCAUGGCAGGUGAUGUUGUACAAGCGAAGCCCACAGGAGCUGUUGUGUGGAGCCAGUCUGAUCAGUGAUCAAUGGAUCCUCACCGCAGCUCACUGCAUCUAUUACCCGCCCUGGAACAAGAACUUCAGCAGCUCUGACAUACUGGUCCGCCUGGGAAAACACAACAGGGUCAAGUUUGAGCGCGGCCUCGAGAAGAUCGUGGCGAUCGAUAAAAUCAUUGUUCAUCCAAAGUACAACUGGAAGGAAAAUCUGAACCGUGACAUCGCCUUGCUGCAUAUGAGACGGCCAGUCCCGUUCACCGAUAAGAUCUUCCCCAUCUGCCUGCCAAGCAAGAAGGUCGCCCGGACCCUGAUGUCUGAGGGCUACAAGGGCCGAGUGACCGGUUGGGGGAACCUGAAGGAGACCUGGAAUCCAACGGUGAGAAAUUUACCCAACGUCCUCCAGCAAAUCCAUCUACCAAUCGUGGACCAGAACACCUGCCGCCGCUCCACAUCGGUCAAGGUCACGGACAACAUGUUCUGCGCUGGUUUUAAACCGGAGGACGGCAAUCGUGGUGACGCCUGUGAGGGAGACAGCGGUGGACCAUUUGUGAUGAAGUACCCGGCAGAGAACCGCUGGUAUCAGAUGGGCAUCGUGUCGUGGGGCGAGGGCUGUGACCGAGACGGGAAGUACGGCUUCUACACUCACCUGUUCAGGAUGAGCAGGUGGAUGAGGAAAGUUAUCGACCAAACGGGAAAAGAAGGAACCGACGACGAAGACUAAACGCAAGCAUCCGUCACUUCCUGCUUUCACAAUGCUUAAAUAAAGCUCACUUCCUGUCUACCA